UGGCAACAGUGACGGACCUUUUUUUUUUUUUUUUUUUUUUGUGGCCGGUGCACACGUCCUGCAUCCUGCUCCUUCCUAUAUAAAGGCUGGUAAGCGGGCGGCCCGACACAUUCUACCGAGGCAAGAAUGACGGCACAACUCAAUCCAGGACUGGCUGUGUUGCUGUGCGCGGUGGUCGCUGUGCCACUUGCCAACACCGCCGCUUACGUCCCUCAGAUUCCCGAAAGUCAGAAGGAUUCGUCCCUCGCUAAUUUGUGGAGGCAUGCCAUCGAGCAGCAGGGCCCCGCUACAGAGAGAGUUGAGGGACCAAAGACCUUCUUAGAACCAGUUUUUAUAGAGGUGAUCAACUGGGUGCCGCAAGAUUCUGCUCACCCACUCUAUGCCUCAGAGUACAUUGACCUCCUGCGGGAGAUCCUUCUGGAUUACAUGGUUGAUGAGGUGGUGAAGCCUGACGAUCCCAGGAUGAGUCAACCCUCCGGCCUGCAAGUGAAAAAUCGCAACGGCAAGACCAUCACCUUCAAACUCGUUUCGGGAGAAAUAACAGUGAAUGGAGUGAAGGUUGUCGAUAAUUCAGUCAACAACGACGGCACGUACUCCUACAUCCUCGAUGAGAGUCUCUUCAGCCAUCGCCAGAAGGUGGGGGAUGCCUGGGAGAAGUACAUAAAAACGGUUCCUGUCUAUGACCCAUUUGGCGUACUAAUAUCAGAUCCAAGCGUCCCAGCAGAAGAAUAGAAGACUGCAGCCGCAUCUCGUCCAGCUUCACCAAAGAAGUGCUUGGCGAGAUGAGAGGUGGAGGCAGGCAGCCCCUCAACUUCCUCGUCGCUUUCAUAUUCAGCAGUGUAGAACUGUUAGUAGAGCCGAGAAACCGUCCACUGAGGACAGGCUGACCACCACUUGCAGAGCGGGGUCGCCUCCGUCUCACAGCACCACAACACAGCACGAACACAGUGUUCAUCGGCCCUCUGUCAUCAAUGUUACCUUUGUCUCAAAAGAAUAAAUAAUUACAAAUUGUU